GUCGACCACGGUUGCUCAGAUCCCUAACUUUACCAGCUCGUUAUAUGCUCUUAGCAAGACAAAGCUUGGUCUCACGCAGAUUUGCCAGAAUGGCCGUUCAGACUUUAAUGAUUCGCUGCUUGACGAACUUAGGAACGAUCUAAGUCUCAACGUAGAUCAUCCAGAAUCUUCCAUGAGCAUUCUGAAGAGGGAAAAGGUGGUGAGACCGAUUCUAGAUUUAUUGCACAACGCGAUAAACAACACCGGAGUUACUACCGAACUACCCGACAUCCGUAGCUUAUGCCUUGUGCGAAUGAUGGAGCUCGCAAUUCGGAUUGGAAAUUUACCGCCCUCAAUGCGCAUUGAUAGUGAUGUACAAUAUCUCCCAAACUCGGUGUCAUAUGUUGCAAAAGGCGGUUUUGGAUAUAUUUUUAAAACCAGAAGGAGAUCGGAUGACGCUCUCAUUGCAAUCAAGGUACCUAAGGAAGAGAUUCAAGAGAAACAGAAGAGUAUCUUUCGGGAGGUAAUAUUAUGGAGCUGUCUUCGGCACGCAAAUAUUCUUCCAUUCAUAGGCACUUGCAAGUUCCGAGGCAGGUUCCCGUGCAUAGCUUCCCCAUGGAUGGAGAGGGGUACGGUGAUCGAAUACUGCAGUGAUCGAAGUGGCUAUUUAUCUGUCAAAUUAAAGCUGCUCGGACAGGUUGCAUCUGCUCUUGAUUACUUACACAAUCACGAUCCACAAGUAGUGCAUGAGGACGUGCGAGGGGCAAACAUCCUUGUCAACGACCUUGGGAAUGCGGUCCUGUCUGAUUUCGGUAUUUCUCGAAUAAAUAGUGAAGCAUUCGCCGAUCUUUCUUCAAGAUUACAACACGGAAAUAUUCGAUGGACGGCACCAGAAUUAUUAUUUGAGACAAAGGAUGGGCAUCAACCGAAACCACGUUCACAAGCGGAUUGGAAUAUGUUCGACUCCGGCUCAAACGUUACGAAGGCGUCCACACAUAGUGACAUGUGGUCGUUUGGGAUGACCAUCGUUGAGGUGUUGACUGGGCGGGUUCCAUUUGCAGAUGCAAUUGGAAGGUUCGAUGCUGCAGUAGUCAUGCAUAUACACGAUCGCAAUUUGCCCCGGCGACCAGCACCGGAUGGCGUCGACGUCCCAGAUCCCUUGUGGCGGGCUAUUGAGCAGUGUUGGGAUGAAAGGCCAGAAGCACGACCAUCGGCAUCGCAGAUGGUUAGUCACUUGAAAGACGCAGAGAUAAUGCUCGAGGUGAAUGUGCAACUUAGGCCGGAGCCUUCUGUCUUACGGGAUAUCGAUACGAGAGAAGGUAGACCAUUAUAUUCGUCGACCUCUGCUGUACGGCUGAACCAAUAGCGAUACGAUGGGCGGGACAAUGAAGAAAGAUACAACAGAGUCACAAAUGGUUUGAAGAGACCUUUAUUAUUUUGUU